CGCGCUACGGACCGCUUGCGGACCACAAUGCCGCGCGGUGACGGCGGAAGAAAGAGCGAGAUGACGGUGAAGGUGACGAUCGCACGAUAGCAUCAUCGGCGAGCGGUUCGACUGCGGAUUGAGAGGCGAACUUCCCGCCUCAGCCGACGCGACGAUGGCGCUGGACGCCGCUCUGCACGCGGCCAACCUGAGCACCCUGCUCGUGUGUAUGGUGCUCAAAUUCCCGCAGAUGUUCGCAGUCCUGCGGGCCAAGUCCACGGAGGGCGUCAGCGUGAGCAGCCUGGUGCUGGAGCUGCUCGGGUUCAUCGUGUUCAUCACUUAUCAGGUGUAUUAUGAAUACCCGCCCCCCACCUACCUGGAGUACCCCAUCCUGAUUGCCCAAGAUGCCGCUUUGCUGCUGCUGAUCCUGCACUACAGCAGAAACCUGAAGCAGAGUUUCCUCUACGCCGCUGUCUUCAUCGGAGGCUGGCAGCUGCUCACCGUGCGCAAGUGGAUCAUUGACCUGGCCAUGAGCCUGUGCACCUUCAUCAGUGCUGGAAGCAAGAUGGCACAGCUGCAGUGUUUGUGGAGGUCCAAGGAUGCGGGUCAGGUGAGCGCGCUCACUUGGGCCCUGGCCACGUACACCUGCCUAGCGAGGAUUUACACCACCAUCGUGACCACCGGUGACAUGCAGGUUUUGGUACGCUUCAUCGUCAUGACGAUGCUGAACGGGUGGGUGACGGCCACAGUACUCUACUACAGCCGUCGCAGGAUCAAGACGGACUGACCUCUCGGGGCAUCAUUGUGGAGACACUCUCCUCCCCCGUGCCUUACUUCCCACUGUCUACAGGCAGGGAUAUGCGUGUGUAAAAACACACAGGCUAACCAGCAUGUCACUGAAAAUUGCAGGUUUUUUCUUUUUUUAAAAGACUAAUCUUUAUUUUCACCCUACUCCUGACAUUCUCCUAAUGUCUUUUUACUGCAGUAUUUUAACAAGACCAGGGUAAUAUAGUGCAGUGACAAAAGCAUGAUCUUAUGUUGCACACAGAUAUGGAUUUAAACUGUAGUACAGUGAUGGAAUACCUCCUUUCUGACUAAACAUUCCAGCUCUAAAUUUCACACCCCCGUUUCCUUCUCCAUAAUUCCAUCUUAAGCUACAGUGUGAGGUUUCUUGCCUACCUCACAGCUCACGUGCAGAGUCCUACUCCCUUGUGGUCACCUCUUCUUCUUAACUAACCAUCUUGGGGAACAGCUCCUGUGUCAGCUGCCCAACCACUGUUUAGUGUGUCAAACCCAGACCUUCACAAGCAAAUGAGGAAGGGGGGGGGUCUUCGAGCUCGCAGGGAUUCGCACUGUGCGGAGCUGAAAGGAAUGAGGCACGAGAGAGGGCUACAUAAUUUUAUUGUCAAACAGGUUAACAACUUCAGCUGAUCACAGCAGUAUAAAACAUGCAGUCUGAACAGAGCACUUUUAAAGUGGACAAUGCAACAUAAUACAUUUAUGGAAGAUGGCAUGUAAAAUAUAUAUUGUAUAUGUUCAUAUGUUGCGUGCCAUAUUUGAAGGCUCUUGCUGAGUGCAGAUGGUCCUCGGAGCACACCUACCCCCUCCAGUAGGCUCACGGCUACUCGAUACGCUGGAGAGGAGCUCUAUACAAAAAAAAAAAA